CCAGAAGUUUCUUCUUAAGUUUAUACUGUAGCGCUAAAAAAUAAAACCUUUGGUCCUAAUACAAGACUGAAACUAAAAUUAAACGCGAUAUAUAGGACUGAAGCUAUUUGGUGAGAUCUGAGUCCACUUCACUGAACCUGGUGAUACCAUCUUUUUUUGGAAAGCAGAUGGUGCGUAAGUUUUACAUUGGCCGAAAAACCCAAACUGAAGUCCAGAAGCAAGGCUCCGUUAGAGGGCAGCAUCAAAACUCGAAUGCCCGCAGUUUUGAGAGGAUGCAGCACAGUUAAUUACUGUCACCCCAGGCAAUGGUGUUGGAGCUGAAUUUUUCAUCAGUAGUCCGUUGGGAUUGAGCUUGACUUGCUACUUCUCUGGUUCGAUGGGUUCUGAGAUGGCUGAUAAGUCAAAUGCAUGAUCUGCAGACUCUGCCGCAUACAGGACAGGUGGUACUUGAAGGGCUGGAAUGUGACUGGAAUGGAAAUCGAAAACCAGAAGAAGCCUUCCACAGAUGGACAAGAAGUGCUUGAGAGACGGAUUAAGAUUUUAGAAAAUCAGAAAAAAGAGCUUCUGGAGAUAAACAAGCAGUGGGACCAAGAGUGCAGGAACAUGAAGGCAGUGUAUGAGCAGAAGCUGAAGGAAAAGUUCACCCCUUAUCAGCAGUCUCUGAGUGACCUGGAGAAAGAGCUGGACCAAAAGCAGAGGGAUUUCGAUAAGAAGCUGCUGCUUGCCAAAGCAAAACUCGAAACAGCAGAAGAACAAAAGCAGACAUUAAAUGCAAAGUUGCUUGAGGCUGAAGAAGAGAACAAACAUUUGAAAGAACGCCACACCUCGAUAACCAAACAAAAAGGAUAUUAUGAACAUGAAAUUGCACGUCUGAAUAAGGCUUUGUCAGAUGCUUUAAGAAAGCAGAAUGUUUCUUGCAUGCCUCACAGUUUUGAAAGUGGAGAAAUAAUGAGAAAAGCUCAUCCUGAGGAACUGACAACACAAAUUGAGGUCCUAAAGCAACAGGUGCAGAUAUUUGAAGAAGACUUUCAGAGAGAAAGAUGUGACCGGGAAAGAAUGAAUGAAGAAAAAGAAGAAUUGAAGAAAAACAUUGAGCACCUACAAUCAAAACUUACUUUACUUAACACACGGCUUAAGACUUACGAGGAAGACUUUAUAAAGGAAAGGAAAGAAAAGGACUUACUCGGGAAGAAACUGAAAAAACAGGACAAAAGCAUGCACAAUCACCAGGAGAGGUCCAAGACCAGGGGUGGAAUGCCGGACAUCAAGUUCCUCAUUCCGUUAGAGAGUCACGCGUUGAAGCUGACCGGAGGGGAUGUGGCCCGUUCGUAUGGCAGCAGUGAGGCAACAGGCUUUUCACAGUCACCUACAACCCCUUACCCGCCUCUUGCAUAUGCGCCCUGUGCACCAUACGUUAAUUAUGGACAUCCUUACGGAAUCCCCAUCCAAUAUCCGGGCCCUGCAUUGCUGACACCACAGACAGAAAAUAGAGGUUAUCAGCACCCCAUGACAGAGUGUCCGUGGCAUAUUCCAUACGUCAACCAGCUUUCACCAGAUCAACAAAACAGUCAGAAAUGCAGGCCGAAAGAUAAUACAUCAGCAAAAAGACAUCCAAAAUAGCAACUUUGAAAUGAAGUCGAUUUGCUAUGAAUAUUUAUCAAUGCCUUCAAACAACACUAGGCCUUUGCUGAGGAUUGCCCUGAUGUAGUUGCUGCUGUUUAUUAUAUUUUAAUCUGUGUUCUUUGUUUCUGCUUCUAAGAGAAACCAAAAUAACACAUUAAAUAUGACGCAAAAGCUUACAUUUUCAGCUGUGUCAGCAAUAAAACAA